UGACUACUAUCUCUCUUUGCAGAAAUAUAGAAAAAAAAAAAAAAAAAAAAAAACUGUCUCCAUUUUUCUCUCUCUCUUUUACUUUCCCUGCCAACGACAACGACGAUCCUGGCGGGAACCAGAUUACCAGAUCCCGAUACCUACAAUUUACGAAUCUACCGCCUUCUUCUUCCGCCUCCUCGACUCAACCGGCUAUGCUAGCUUUACAAUUAAUUCUUCAAUGACGUCUCCUGUCAAGUCUCAUACGUCUCCUUGACGCCUGGAAUCUUCUCUCUGCACGCCUUUCAAGCCAAGCAAUGCUUCCAACAUCCAUUUCUUUUGAAUUUUAAGAUGCCACAAAAAUAUAUGUAUUUUUUGAUAUAUAAUAUAUGUGUAUAAUGGAAAAAGAGAGAGAAGAGAAGAGUGAAGGCUCCCUGUUUUGCUUUUUCUUUUUAACCUGAUGUUUACUGAAAGUUCGGAGCGUACGUAUUUGUAAUUUGCUCUACAUGUGUAAAAUUUUCUGGAGUCUGGACUUCUGGAGUUGAGGCUUCUUUGAGCUUUGGCUUUUUGUUUCUAUGUACGUUGUCGGUUCUCGUUGUCCGAUUGAUCUACCUGCCGUUGUCCAUUCUCCGCCAUUGAUUUGACCAUCGGGGAUUCUCGUUUUUCUCACACACUGCGCGUUUUCUCCCUCCUGUUAUGAAGUUCCACGAUACUUGUCCAUAUUUCGUUGCUAAUUUGAGGCUAAACUGGCAAUUAGAGCACGAGGCCGAUGAGGAAAGUCGACGAUAGCAGAUGCUUAUUCCCUUUAACGAGUCUCCAAAUCGGAGACCUGCAGUCUUACCUUUCUGAUCUCAGUAUUUUCCUUGCACUUGAAAGUAACAAAUUUUAUGUGUUGGUGGACAACCGGCCAUGGCUGAGGGGCCUAGGUUCACAGCCUGCUCACCUCUGGCAAUUGAUGGUUACUAAGUCCAGGUUAUCUCCUUUUGCAAAUACGAAAGGACAGAGAGAAAAAAAGAGAGAAAAAGAAGCUUCUUCUAAAUCUAAUCAUAUUAAAGAAAAGAAGUUUUCUAGAUGGUUCUCACUGAUUAGUUCUGCAACUUUGUCUCAAAAGAGAGUGCCAGUAAAGAAGCUGCCAAGCUCUUUGUUUUUGAGAGAUGAGCUGCAUAGGACCCUGUAUGGUUUCAUUGUAUUUGAAGUUGCAUGGGCCGAUGUUAGGGGUAUUAAUUACUUGAAUGAGCUUCAGACUGAUACAUCAUUGGCAGUAGAGGCUAAAUUCAUGCAAAGAUGGGAAUUUGAUAGCAUAAAUCAAGCUGCAAACUGCAUGUUCUCAUGGUUCUCAGGAACACCAUAUGAAACGUCCUCCUUGAAAGGGUAUCUGGAUUCUGCCAUAGGAGAGGUCUUUUAUGAUGCUGAAAAGGAUUUCCCAGGGACUUCUUUUUUUGAUGAUGAUCAAAUUAUUGCCAAUGAUGUUGAAGAUGAUUCUCCACAUACAUUUAAAAGUGGUUUUAGGGUUUAUCCUGCAAUCACUGAAUACCAGACAAGUGAGCCUUACCCUCCUCCUACUGGAUCUUAUAAGAGAAGAAAAGUACCCAAGUCUGUUAACAACGGAAUUGAAGUUGAUGGUUAUUUGGAAGAAACACAAGAAAGAGUUGGAAGUUCAACAGACAAUUGUGAGAUCCAUUCGAGU